AUGAGCAGUGCAGUUCGUGACUCGCGCUUCGGCGUUGAGGGCCCUGUCCUUCCAAACGAAGGAGACAACAACCAUUACGCCACCGAUGAGAAGAUUGCUCCAAAACAAGAGAUACCUAUCUACAACGAUUUAGAGCUGGUGUCCGAGACCGACUUGUCUCUUGGCUCCAUUCUCAAGGGAACCGCAGCCGCACCACUCACCAAUUUCGAGAGGAAGGCUGCUCUGAUCAAUGCUGAGCUCGACAAGUUCGGUGUCGGCAGAUAUGGCUGGUGCAUCUGGUUCCUUUGCGGCUUCGGCUAUUUCUUGGAUCUGGCAUGGGCCCAAGGCGUCGGAUUGAUCGCUUCCGCCAUUUACCAGGAGAUGGACGUGCCACCCGGUCAUGACGGUAACAUCUGGGCAUGCGCCAAUGCCGGUCUGGCUGUCGGCGCUUUCAGCUGGGGUCUCAUCGUAGACAUCAUCGGCAGACGCUGGGCAUUCAAUCUCACUUGCCUGAUCACUUCGGUCUUUGGCCUUCUUUUGGCCGCACCGAAGUUCAACUAUAGUGCCAUUUGCGGCAUCUACUUCCUCGCCUCGCUCGGUCUGGGAGGCAACAUUCCCAUCGACGCUACCAUCGCCCUGGAAUUUCUUCCACAAAAUCGACGUUUCUUGGUCUUUUUACUUUCGAUGUGGCAACCUGUAGGUGUCGUUGUUGCCUCAGGUGUCGCCUACGGCACCACGGCCAAAUGGCGUUGCGACACCACCCUGCCGGCUUGCAAUGCUGUCAGUAAAGGAACGGCGUGCUGUACGGUUUCGAGCAACAUCGGUUGGCGCUACACGGUGAUCGUUCUGGGAUGCAUGACUUUGUUCAUCUUCUUCCUCCGAUACUUCGUCUUCAAAUUCCACGAAUCCCCCAAAUUCUUGAUCAGCAAAGGCAAGAACGCCGAGGCUAUCGAAGUGUUGCACAAGAUCGCCAAGUUCAACCGGGCACCACCACCGACUUUAACGAUCGAAAUGUUCGAAGCCAUCGAUGCUGAAGCUGGAGCGAUUGCUCCGAAAGCUACUACCAAGAAUGUCAUCAAGAAUUUCAUCGGCAGUUUGUCGCACUUAAAAGCACUGUUUACGCGCAAGCUACAGUGCUUCACCUUCGUCCUAUUGGCUAUUGCUUAUAUGGGCGAUUACUGGUCAUUCAACUUGGCGGGCUCCUACUUGCCGAUCGUUCUCCUUAAGCACAACGUUUCGAGUGGUGCAACAACUGUGACCGACACUUACCGGGAGUACAUUUACAUCUAUCUACCUGGUGUCCUUGGCGCUGUCCUGGCUUUACUGUCGGUACAAUUGCCGCUCGUCGGGCGAAAGUGGUCGCUCGUUUUGUCAGCGGCCUGUCAGGGUCUUGCAAUGGCCAUGUAUACUCAAGUCAGGACAACUCCUGGAUACGUCGGCCUGAAUGCUAUGGAGUAUAUUAUGCAAACAUAUUUCAAUGCUGUCCUGUAUGCCUCCGCCCCAGAGUUAUUCGACACGGCCUACCGCGGCAGUGCCAGUGGCAUGCUUUCAUGCUUGGGACGUCUUGCCGGUAUUGUGGCACCUUUUGCUGGUAAGCCUAUUCUGUCCCCUCGCGCUCUGUCCAUAACUGAUCUUCUUGCAGGCGAGAAAUACAUUGCCAACAAUAGCGCCGGCAUCUUGUGGCUUGGAGCAGGCGGCAUCUGGCUGUCUGCGUUCACCAUGAUAUUCUUGCCCGUCGAAAUGAGGAACAGACAGAUGUUCUAAAGUGGUGCCGAACAGUCAAACCAGUCGAAACCAGUCGGCAAACAU